GUGUAAUAAACAUAUCAAGUUAAACUAUCGGCUGAUCUUAUCUCCUACAUUUUAUAUACUGGUUAUCUGCUAAUCUGAAUGUUAGAAAGUGGACAAAAAUGAAUCGUUCUAUAAUUUUGAAGCAGUUCUGCUUUGUUUUACUUAUAAUUGAAGGUACUUGCCAAACCUGCCCAAAACCCAAGGGAAACAACUGUCUCCCGAACAGGAGUCCACCUACAUCCUGUAUUACACAAGUUGAGGAUGGUACGAGAUUAACGUGGUUCGACAUGCAGGAAAAUUGUGGUAAAGACGAAGGGAGACUGGUAUGGCUUAGAGAUGAUUUCACUGCUAGUAGUUUAGCAGCCACUGAAUCAUCGCUGACCGGCGCAAGCUUUACGACCACAGAUUUUCUUGUGAUUGGCCUUCUACACUCAAUGAAAAGAGAUCAUUUGAAUUUCUGGAGGAACCCUUAUAGUAAUGAUACACUGUCUUGUGGAACAGACGACACGGGUUUAUGUUUGCAAUCACCUGCAACAGAGAAACAGUGUAACAUGAUAGGAUGUUGUUGGCUACACGGGAAAUGUCAAUAUCCAGAGCGUCAAUGGCUGCUUGAGAAAACCGGAAGUGACGUCAUAGAUACAACAGCAAUCCCUGGGGGUUCAGACAGAAGUUGCGUUGGACUACAAAGAAGUGACAAGGCUUGGUCAUUCAAAGCAUUUAGCUGUUCUUCACCGCCGGCUUCAAAUACAGGAUAUGUCUGUGAAUACAAGUGUCAGUCAGCCUGGCCGAUAAGUCCGUUAAAGAACGUGUCGUGGCCUAGGAGCGGCUCGGCCGGGGUAAGUUCAACACCUGGCACAGUGACGACAACAGUCGGAAGAAACGGGGCUGGAGAGAAUUUCAACAAUCGAGAGAUGAUCGCGAUUUCCUACGUCACUGUGUGUCUUAUGCUACUGUUUAAGUAAUGUGAUAUGGACUGACCGGACUACUUUAUUUCGCUUUUUAUUAGUUACACAAACUCUCCAAAACGCUUGUAAAAUAAGACUUUAGUUUUCUAUGUUAAAUGGACUAUCGUUAUUUAUAAAACAAACUUCAAACAACUCAUAGCAAUUUAUCUUAAAGAUAAAACAUCAAGUAUCAAUACUUAAAAGUAUUUGAUAUUUAGGUAUUUCAAAGCGUUAAUAUGUCUCCUUAAAGAUAAACAGUCAAGUAGACGUGAUUAUAUUUGAAUUAAACGAAAUUGAAACAAAAAAUAAAUUGAUCCCUGGUGAA